AUGCUAUCAACAUUUCAGCCAACACCAGAUACAGAGGGUAAUGGAUACACCGUUUUAGUCCAUAAUAUAACCGCACAAAGAGACUAUUUAAAUUUAUCACCCGAAGAAUUAAGAUAUAAACAAGUUGGAAACAGAAUUUUUGCAAAUAAGCCUCAAUUUCAAGCUCCACAAGUACAUACUUUCUGGAAUUUCCCAGUUUUUCGGCAACCUGAAAUCAAUAAUUUGAGAUUCAUUCCACAAGCGACUGGAACAGCAAUAAGAAGACCACGCUUUUCUUAUAAUUGGACUUGCCUAAAAUAA